UAUUGCUAUUGUUGUUAUUAUUGUUAUUAUUCUGAGGGGGAUCGGAAAGACAGGGUGAGGACCGAGCCGAUCCUUAUUUCUCGCGGUCGUCCUCCUCGUUUGAUCUACGAAGGAAGAAGGAAUCGUGUGUAGAGGUGUGGUUUGAUGGGGGGAGAGGUUUAAGCCCCCAAGCCCCACAAAUGAACAACCGGCAGCUAGAGAAACGGGCAUGUCUGUUUUCGGGAGAGUCGGGCGCCACAGCCUGAAAAACUUUCUGACGGCUCGGCGUUUGCAAGCCGCCGCGUCCCUUGGCAGGUCUCUGCGCUGGCAUCGGUCUUGGGGUUUGCCCGAGAGAUGUCUUGUCUUAAAAAUGGAUCUUGACAUCCAGUCUACAGAACUCAGUGAAUCAAAAUGGAAAGAACUUGUUCCGUCCCUUAACCAGUACAAAACCAUCAGGUUGGAUGACUGUAAUCUGUCAACUAGCAAUUGUGAAGAUAUCUCCUCUAUGCUGAGUACAAACCAAAGCCUGACUGAACUUAAGCUGAACAAUAACGAACUGGGAGACUCUGGUGUGGAGGUGCUGUGCAAAGGAUUGCUGAAUCCAAGUUGUAAGCUUCAGAAACUAUGGCUGCGGAACUGCAACCUCACCAAAGCUUGCUGUGACAACCUCCGCUCUGUGCUCAGUAGCAAACCAUCAUUGACAGAGCUACACCUAGGAGACAACACUUUGGGCGCAUCAGGAGUGAAGGUGUUGUGCCAAGGACUUCUGGAUCCUAACUGUCAACUGGAAACACUUCAGCUAGAGUAUUGUGGACUCUCAGCUGACAACGUUGAGGAUCUCACCUCUGCUCUGCGCUCCAAGUCCUCAUUGAAGGAACUCAACCUGAGCAACAACGAGUUUGGAGAUGCGGCAGUGAAGCAACUGUGCCAGGGUAUCCUGGAUAGCAAAUGCAACCUGCAGGUUCUACAGUUGGAGAACUGUGAAUUCACAGAUGGCAUCUGUGGGGACCUCGCUACUAUUCUCAGCACAAAACCCUCCUUGAAAGAACUCUGCAUUGGUGAGAACAAGAUUGGUGAUGCAGGCGUGGCACUGCUCUGCCAGGGGGUGCUGAAUCCCAACUGCAAAAUACAGAAGCUCUGGUUAUGGGAAUGUGGCAUCUCAGCACCUGGGUGCAAGGAUCUUGCUAAAAUCAUUGGAACCAAAGAAACUCUCCUGGAAAUGAGCCUGAUUGGAAAUGAUCUGAAAGAUGGAGGGGUGAAAUUCUUAUGUGAAGGACUUAAAGAUCCAAAAACUAAACUCCAGUCCCUGUGGCUAAGAGAAUGCGGUUUGACCAGAGCUUGUUGUAAAAGCCUUAGCUCUGCUCUCAGUGCAAACAGUGUCUUGAAAGAACUGCACAUAGGUGGCAAUAAGCUUGGUGACGAAGGGGUGAUUGACCUCUGCGAAGGAGUAUUGAACCCUAGCUGCAAUCUGCAGUCUCUCUGGUUGGGACAAGCAGAUCUUACAGCAUCUUGCUGUGACAAGCUUGCUGAAGUCAUUGUCGGAAAACCAUCUCUACAAGAAUUGGAUGUGAGCUAUAGCCACAUAGGGGAUGAAGGUGUGCUGAAGCUCUGUGAAGCGGUGAAAAACCCAAACUGUCACCUGAAGUAUCUGAUUUUGUACGAUACCUUCUGGACUUCUCAAGCGGAUGAUGAACUGAAAGCCCUGGAAGAGCUGAAGCCUGGAUUUAAAGUGGUUACAUGAAUGGCACAACCUUGCUGUGGUCACCUCUACUGCCUUUACUUCUCUUGAGAUUCUUUCUGUGAACCAAACUAGCAGCCCAUUGUGAUGGUGGUGGACGUUUAUGAUUCCAAAUUCAGGGACUUAGCAAAUAUGGAUUUGCCUAGAACCCACAUUCAAAACUGGGAAUGUAUUGGCAUCUCAGCUCUGGAUAAAAGUUCUUGAAUAUUUACUGGGUCCAGGCUAUAUAUAGUAAUAAAAAUGAUGUUGAUGAGCUUUCUUGGGAAACAGGAAGUGUAGCAUCCAAUCUCGUGAGAUGCUGUAAAAAAAGGAGACUACUUGCAAUAAUUUGCAAUUCUUCCUAAGGGGGAACUAUAUAGUCUACAUAGAUUCAUUGGGAAUAAUGCUCAUUUUGAUUUCAGUAAUGGAUCCGAACCUUAAAUACCCAACAGUUCAUGUUUUCUACUAAAAAAUGCUAAAGGCAAAAUUUCUAUAUCUUAUCAGCCAGUCUAGUUCUGUAGAAACCUCAAUAAAGUUUGUUUGCAAAGAGAUUA